UGCGUCCUGCGCGCUGCGUCCUACUGCUGCGUCCUGCGUCUUGCUGCUGCACGGCACACGCGGCAGAUGCGGCACGAUGUUGCGGUGGGUCCUGCUGGUUCUGGCUCUCGUGACACCCGUCUACGGCAUUCUCCCUGAGAUAGUGGACUCGGGCUUGAAUCAGAUUCUGGAGGAUGAUUCCGUCCGCAGACAAACGGAGUUGGACAACAUGACGGAGGAGCAGGGCGAGCUCCCUCAGACAGACAACCACAGCACCAGGCCGACCCACCCUCCCAGUCUGGAUGGCAAACGCAGUUCUGAAGAGGAGGCUGGCCGUCCAUCACACACGGCAGAGGAGGAGACAAGCCGUACAGAGGAAACGGAGAGCCGCCUUGGCACAACCAUCAUCCAGUCCAACGAAAAUGUCAUCAAGCAUCAGUGUGUUACUGACCAGGACUGUCAGAAAGGCCACUUCUGCCUGCAGGAGGCGCAGGAGUCUAAAUGUCGGCCAUGCAAAGCGCUCGAUGUGCCCUGUACGCAGGAUGUGCAGUGCUGUGAUGGACAGCUGUGUGUUUGGGGCCAGUGCAGUCAAAAUGCCACUAAAGGAGAAGCUGGCAGCAUUUGCCACCACCAGGAGGACUGUCGCCCCGAUCUGUGCUGUGCUUUUCAUAAAGCCCUGCUGUUCCCCAUCUGCUCCGCCAGACCCAUUGAACGUGAACGCUGCUACGCUCCAUCCAACCACUUGAUGACGCUGUUCUCUUGGGGCUCCGAGCGCCGGGAGCCCGUGGACCACUGCCCCUGUGCCGGGGACCUCCAGUGCGAGUCCCUUGGGAGAGGUUCCCUCUGCCUGCAGAGCCAGAGCUCCAGCGAAGAAGACCUGACAGACUCUCUUUAUUCAGAGAUAGACUACAUAGUGUAGACAGGGCAGACUAAGGGGGAAAUAAACAUAACCCCCCAUAAAAACCUCAACAUUAACCUUUACUGUUCUGGUGGUUACCUGUCCAGUGCUUUGUUGUGGAGCAGCAUUUUUGGGGGGGGGGGGUGGCGGUUAAUCCAGAACAGCAGAAUUUAUAAACCUAUAAACAUUUACAGGAGCAGUUUGUGAAACAGAGAGCCGUGCCUCACUUUGGACGCUUCAGCAGUCUGCUCAGGUGAAACGAGACAUACACAAAGACAACAGUGAAACUGCAUCUGGAAAUGUGAAGCCGCCCUUUCCAGUCGGCUGUCAUGGUGCACCAGCAGAGGACACGGUCAUGUCACCUUCUACAGUGCUGGCUACAAUGACCACAGUGGCUUGUGUAGGUAGCGUUAAGUCUUGGAUUUAUAACCACAAUGCAAGUAAAAAUAUGAAGCAAAAUAUCACCUGAGGUUUUAUUUUAAAAAUAUAUCAUCUGGUUACCGUCAGUUUCUGAAUUACAGUUUAGCUCACUAACGUUAGCUAGCCAAAGCUAAUGUUUGCCUUACCUUACAUUAGCUAUAUUAUGUUAGCUAGCUGAUAGCGCGCCCUUUUAUUUCCAGUGUUAGCUGAAUAGCUAGCUAGCUGUGCCAUGGCUUGGUAUUUCAUGACCAAUAUAAAAUGUCACAUAUUAUCUAAUGUUAGCUAACGCUGGUGCUCAGUCAGCAGUGGGACAACAGAGGAUUAGCUGUUGAUGUUUUGACGUCAAUGUGGUGAUACACAAUUGAGGGUAGAGUCACCAGGGGCUGCUGCUCCUUUAAGGCAGACGUUCAGAGUGCUGACGUAGGCACUGCUUAGAGUUUCCGGGGUGGAGCCAUGUUGGCAGCAGCCUAGCGGUUGGUUAGCUGGUUGCCAGGAGAGAUUGUGCUGUAUCAGUGUCGUUUUGUGUGGCGAGUAAACGGAAUUGACUCGACUCGAUCUCUCCGUCUCCUCAUUCCUGCACUCCCACACCAACAUGGAGUCUAUUGUUUCAUUUCAGGCCGGAUGCGGAUGUCUGCCACUGCUGUAUUGUUGUCCAUUUGAUAAAUGAACUUGAAACUUGAGUGCUCUGGCUGUGACCCUUUAACCUUUCCACCUAUUGGUUGCUUCUUGCAACGGUGGUCUUACAAUAAAAUAUUAUUUUACUGUUGUGGUCAUUGUGCGAGGGUUUAAGGACAAGAUGUUGUGUUGCUGUAAAGCCCCUUGAGGCAAAUGUAUAAUUUGUGAUAUUGGGCUAUAGAAAUAAAACUG